AAAUGUUUAAAAUGUUACUUUUGCUCAAGCUAGCACUUACCUUGCUAAAAGCAAUAUUCUUUCAUUUAAUGAUAAAAUAUUGGCAAAACACCUGAGAGGAGCUUUCCUGACAGCCAGCUGGGAGACAGUAUGAAACCAGAAACAAAUAUUUCCACAUUUUUUUUUUACCUAUUUUCCCCCGGGAAUACUUUGAAAAGAUUUUCCUCUCAUGAAAAUGCCCAGCUGCCUCUGGUGAGUAGCUGGAACAGCUGUGGUUGGCGCUGGCAGAGGCCGAGCUGCCUGCCUGGGUCCUUUGCCAGGCAAUCAAACCCAGUGGCAUCCCACCUCACAAAAAUAAUCGCUCCCCUCCUUUUGCCGUGCCCUGGCCGCGAGCCCUCGGCACCCCCACCCUCAGUACCCUCCGCCGUGCCCAGCCUGACACCAGCCUUUGGUAAAAAGGUGGAUGGAAAAAGCCAAGAGCCAUUUCACACACGUGACAGAAGCCAGCCGCAGCGGCAGCGCCGGGAGGCCCGUGGCGAGGUGCACAAGCAAGGCAGCCCAAUCCUAAAACGAAGCCCUGACAUCACCAAAGCUCCCCUGAUGAAGUCAGAGCAGCUGCUGCGAAUAGAUGACCAUGACUUCAGCAUGAGACCAGGUUUUGGAGGCCCUGCAAUUCCUGUUGGGGUGGAUGUUCAAGUUGAAAGUCUGGACAGCAUUUCUGAGGUGGACAUGGACUUCACCAUGACGCUUUAUCUGAGGCACUACUGGAAAGACGAGAGGCUGUCCUUCCCCAGCACCAACAACCAAAGCAUGACCUUUGAUGGCAGGCUGGUGAAGAAGAUCUGGGUCCCCGACAUGUUCUUCGUCCACUCCAAGCGCUCCUUUAUCCAUGACACCACCACAGACAACGUCAUGCUGCGGGUCCAGCCAGAUGGGAAGGUACUUUAUAGCCUCAGAGUUACAGUAACAGCAAUGUGCAACAUGGAUUUUAGUCGCUUUCCCCUGGACACACAGACAUGUUCCCUGGAGAUUGAAAGCUAUGCCUACACUGAAGAUGACCUCAUGCUCUACUGGAAAAACGGGAAUGAUUCCCUAAAAACAGACGAGAGGAUAUCGCUGUCCCAGUUCCUGAUCCAGGAGUUUCACACCACCACAAAGCUCGCCUUUUACAGCAGCACAGGGUGGUACAAUCGCCUCUACAUAAACUUCACUUUACGCCGACACAUCUUCUUCUUCUUGCUCCAAACCUACUUCCCUGCCACCCUCAUGGUCAUGUUGUCCUGGGUGUCCUUCUGGAUCGAUCGCCGAGCAGUUCCUGCCAGAGUCCCGUUAGGGAUAACCACCGUGCUGACCAUGUCCACGAUCAUCACCGGGGUCAAUGCCUCCAUGCCUCGUGUUUCCUACAUUAAAGCAGUGGACAUUUACCUGUGGGUCAGUUUUGUGUUUGUCUUCCUCUCAGUGCUGGAAUACGCAGCAGUGAAUUACCUGACUACGGUGCAAGAACGGAAGGAGAGGAAACUGCGGGACAAGCUUCCCUGUGCGUGCAGCCUACCUCAGCCUCGGCCCAUGAUGAUGGAUGGCAGUUACAACGACGGGGACGUGAAUGAGCUGGGGCACUACGUGUCCGAGAACGGAGACAAACAAGACCGAAUGAUGGUGCAGCUGGCGCUGGGGUCCGAGAGGGGCUCAGGCAGGAGGAAAAACCAGAGAUAUGUCAGCAUGAGGAUCGACACUCAUGCCAUCGACAAGUACUCCAGGAUAAUAUUCCCUGGUGCAUACAUUCUAUUUAAUUUGAUAUACUGGUCCAUUUUUUCAUAAAUAUACAUAGUCACAGAGUGUUGGGACAUUAAAUGAAAGUACAGACUCAUAGGCUACCAGAAAGAACAUGGAGAAUUGUUUUAAUUGGAGGGGAGAUUGGUUUUUUUUCAGGAUUUAAUUUUUUUUUUUAAAUUAGAUGCAACUCAUCUGUGGCAUAACUAAUCGUGCAAGUUACACAUUUCAGCAAAAUAUAGGAUAUGCAAUCUAAGAUUUUAUACUUAUUUAAAGCUGUGCUAUGUUCCUUCUUGUGCCUCACAGGCCACUGUAAACUAGUUAAACAAAUUACUAUAAUUGCCAGCUGCUUAUCUAUGCUCCAUUUUGUCCCUCUGAAAUCCCAAUUCUCUAAGUACCUGCCUGAGUGCAUGCAUACGUCUCUCAACUCAGCAGACUUACCACAUUCAAUACCAAGAAAUACAGGAAUAUGCAAAUACUUACGUGUUUGCAGAAGGCCAGAAAUGGUCAUUACAGACACAAAAUAUCCAGUACCGGGAAACACUCUGGCAAGACCACUGAUGGCUACAGCUUGCCUUCACUGCUUAAUGCAGCUGCCCAGCAGUACCGCACUGACAGGUCCAUGGAGGCAUACUGGCACACUUGUGCUUUGUCUUGAUCAUAUUUAAAACAAGAAGAUCUUUCCAAGCUGUUUUGACUAUCUUUUUAGAAUAUGACUUGCAGUGUGCAUUUACUAAGGAAUGAACAGAAGCCAGGCUUGCUGCAAUGCUAACCAAGUCCUCUGGGAGAGACAGGAGCUCUCCUUGGAUCUCCUUAUUUGGGUCAGUGGUAGUUUUGCUCUAGUUUCCUGGGAAAGGAAACAAGUUUCUCUACCAAAUGAUUCAGUGAAGACAAUCAGGUGACUCUGAAAAGAACAAAACUACUCCUUUCCUCUGAGGCAGCCUGGGCAUUACUGGUCUGUACAGCCUGAGAACCUGUUGCAGCCUGUAAAGCCACCAGUAACUGUACUCACUUCCAGGAAAAGCCUAGUUCAACUGGUUGUAGUGAAAGCAUCCCAGAAAGGUGCUCAACAGUUGACAAAGCAGUAGUAAGGACUUUAUAUUUGGGUUACUAAAGAUAUUAUGCCAAAAACUUUGAAAUGAAGUAAAAAGGAGCUUCUGCCAUGAGAGAGUAGCUCCACUGCAGGCCCAGGUACAACUAACCGACUCCGCUCUCACGCCGCAUCCAUCCCCCCGCACCCUGCAGCCCACCGUGCCCUCGGAGCAGGCUCAGCGCCCUCCAGGGCGGGAGCGAGGAGACACAGCUGGAGCUGGGGGCACUCGGCCAGGACUCGAGUCCCAACUCUCCAGUUUCUGCAGAGCAGCCAGUCAGCUCCAUUUGGAAAAGGCAAAAUCCGUGAUGCAGAAGUAGUAAAACAUUUCAGGGAAACAAGAAUUGGUUGUAAUGGAAUCAGGCGGCUUUACAGUAACAGGAGCACCAAAGGUGUCUCAGAAGGUGUGGUUACUCAGUCGGCUGCUACCACGUUACACACCUACAUCCACAAAGAUAACUGGAGGUUUGGAUUAACAGGGCUUUAAAUAUAUGUGUGCUUUUGCACACAAUUACGAAAUUCAUUACUCCCUGCACAGCAGAAACUGUUGUCUUUUACAGGUGUAGCUGCUCCAAGAAUCAGACCAAAGCAGUUGUGUCUCCAAAAGGAAAGUGAAUCUUCCUACAUGAAAUCUGCCCUGGACUGACUGGUCUGCUACUCUAUGCAUUAGGCUUGUGACACAGAUAUCGCAGUUGUUUGAGCACUGCUGGUUGUUGCUUUAAUUUCCUAUGUAAAUAAAUGUAAUGUAAACACACUCAGCUUUUCUUACAGCUGCUAAAAACAUGACCUGCAAAUCUACCUACGCUCACCUUGCACUUACAGCCUACACUCUAUAGGUAAGGCAGUGAAAUCACAGAAGUUAAAAUCAUUGAAAGACACACCCACCUGUAACAUAGUUUUACUACCCCUUUCUACGUAGGGUUUUUUUUUUUUUCCCACAUAUGCAUACUAUCUUCAUUUUAUCAAGUUUCCUUCAUAUCACAUUAUUCUCCAGAGAGGCUUUUUCAAGAGAUUGAAGAAAAAAAAAAACCAACCCAAACUAUCUUCUUAAACCUUAAACACUUCAGUCAAAUGAAGGUCAAAAGAUCACUCUGGCAAAAGCAGAUGAAAAGCUGACCACCAGGUUUGGCCACCCUACCUUAUUCCUUAUUCCAAUGGCACCUUCCCCCACAAAUAGCUCCAAGAUUUCUUGAGCACUACUUGCACAGGAAUGCAUUCAGAUUCUCAGUAUUGUCAGAACCUAUUUCUACAAUUUAAGAAUAGCACAAACAGGAGUGUGACAUUUUACAGUAAGCUCUCCAGCUUCCUAAGAAGCUUGAUGCUAUGUAGUUUGCUGCAGUACUGUACAUUCCUUUAUAGACUCAUUGAUCUCAUACUCCAUACAGUAUUUAGCAUCUGAGCAGCAUAUUAAGGGAGAUUUUGAAGGUACACAUUCAAGUUGGAAUUCUGAAUUCCCUGGCUUUCAGUGGGAGACUGGUUUCUAACCCCCCAUGUGAUUUGCAAAGCUUCCUUUUCAGCAGGUCUCCCUAAACUGAUCCCCCAACCUCUAUGUUUGCAUUUACACUGAUAAUUGUGUUUUAUUUGGGAAACUCUAGUGCCUUUUCAGUCUUAUAUAAAUGUGUAUAUAGAUGUGCUCUAUAAGUACAGGAUAUGUCAUAUACAGCCAGUGUUUGCUAUCAACUGUACUCAUUAAACAUAUUUACAUACACAGCUUUUUGGCUUCUAACCUUUCGGUGUAUGGUUUCUGUAUCCAGUCAUUAACACACUGCUCCUUUCCACUUCCACAAUAAAUCAGAGUGAUUUGGUUUUGUUUAUUUCUAGAAACACUCAAAAUCACAAUAAAACUUCACAUUUGUA